AUGCGGGAAGUUCGAAUCCCAAACCUUCAUCCGCCCAAAACGUCUUCAUCGUCGUCAUCAUCUUCUACUGCGAAAAGGGUUGUUCAAUUUAGGCCUCCCCAAAUUGUAAACCCGAAGAAAGGUGGUUCUGGCGAUGAGGAUGAACAGCACUCGGCCACUCUCGGAAGCUUGCCUUCGGCAUUGGGUAGAAGAUUGAUGCUUGAAACGGAUACUCGAGCCUCCAUUGCAACUACGGGAAGCGAUUCAGUUGUUGGUCCCGUUAAGCCUAGUGAGGUGAGUCAUGGCUAUUCUGGUUUGAAUUCUGAGAGUGCAUAUUAUGAUGAAAAUGCUGCUGAUGGUAAUUUUGAUUUGGCCCCUGAAAGUGGGAUUAGCAUAGGAAUUGAUGCUGGCACGAACCACAUUAAUACUGUUAACGACUAUUCUAGUAGUUCAGGUGGUGAAAGCUCUGCAUAUUAUGGUUAUUAUGGCAUUGGCCCAUCGGAUGUUAGUGGGGUUGGUAUGGCUGCAACUGAAGGGUCCUAUGGAGCAUCUGAUUAA